CACUCUGAAUCCAUUGUAAACGUUUAUUUUAGCAGUGCUCGUAAUUUUAGUGUACCAAUUUUAUUGAUAAUAAUUAUUACGUUUAGUUGUUUUAUUAUAAUAUGGAUGAUAGUGGCUUAGAUGAAGUGAAGAAUAAAAAUAUUCACCCACAGCAAAAAUCCAACUUCCUCUCCAAUUUAUUUUUUUGUUGGGGAUUUUCUAUUUUUUAUAAAGGAUGGCACAAAGAACUAGAUGAAGAAGACUUGUACAAACCGUUGAAAGAGCACGAAUCUAAUAAACUGGGCGACCGUUUAGAAGAAUAUUGGAAAUUCGAAAGGCAAACAAACAAAAACCCCAAAUUAUGGAGGGCAUUGUGGAAAAUGUUCAGGAAAGAUAUUAUAGGUUAUGGCCUUAUUUUAUUUUUUCUAGAGUUCGGUCUAAGGUUAGCUCAACCUUUAGCGAUAGGCCAAUUAAUGAAUUACUACAGCCCCAAUCAGUCAAUGAGCAUAGACCAAGCCUACAUGUAUGCGGGAUUCAUAGUCAUUUGCUCAUUCCUGGAUGUAAUCGUCAACCACUACUACCUCUUUGGUCUUCAGCGCCUAGGAAUGCAGUUGCGAAUAGCUUGCUGCUCUUUGAUCUAUCGCAAAGCCCUUCGGCUUAGUAAAUCGGCCUUGGGGAAAACCACCAUUGGACAAAUGGUAAAUUUACUAUCGAAUGAUGUUAAUAGAUUCGACGAUGUUGGAAGAAACUUUCAUUAUCUUUGGAUUGCACCUUUAGAAACUGGUGUUAUAAUGUACCUGUUGUACAAAGUCGCAGGAUUCACAUCGCUUACAGGAUUUUCCUUGUUGCUAAUAUUCAUCCCUUUACAGAUGUUUAUGGGAAAGCUCACGUCGAUGUACCGAUUAAGAACAGCAGUUAAAACCGACGAACGCGUUCGUCUCAUGAGUGAAAUUAUCACCGGCAUACAAGUAAUCAAAAUGUACACCUGGGAAAAGUCAUUUGCUAAACUAAUUGAAUUCAUACGACAAGAUGAAAUUAAACAGAUCAAGUCAACAUCUUACCUACGUGCCCUGCAUGUAUCAUUUAACAAGUUCAUCACAAGAACUGCCGUGUUCUUGUGCAUUUUAGUGUACUCACUAACAGGUCACAGGCCCAAUGCUGAGUACGUAUAUGUGGUAUUCUCGUUUUAUAAUAUUUUAAAACAAACCGUCACCACCAACUUCCCACAAGCCGUGGCUAAUUUGGCCGAGACGAUCGUCUCGAUGAAUCGAAUUGAGAACUUCUUAACCUACGAUGAGAUUAGGAGACAUAAGGCUGACACACUCGAGAGGAAGAAGAUGCCAACUCACACCUCCACACCUGUAAGUCAUGUGGUUCAAAGGAAGAAGGGAGUGCAUCUCGAAAAGGCUUGUGCAAAAUGGAACCCCUUCUUGACUGAAGACAGUCUCUUUAAUAUAAACUUAACGGUGGGUAUGGGCGAAUUGGCAGCAAUCGUCGGCCCAGUUGGCAGCGGAAAAUCAAGCAUACUGUACACGAUAUUAAGGGAACUGCCAUUGCACAGAGGUUUUAUUGAAGUUGGCGGCAAGAUAGCAUAUUCAUCGCAAGAACCGUGGCUCUUUGCGGGGACCAUUAAACAGAACAUUCUCUUUGGAGAAAAGUGGGAUAAGAAGAAAUAUGAUAAGGUUGUCAAAGUGUGUGCCCUAGAAAAGGAUUUUGAGCAGCUUCCUUAUGGAGACAGAAGUUUAGUUGGAGAUAGGGGAGUUAGUAUCAGCGGAGGACAAAAAGCAAGAAUUAAUUUAGCAAGGGCCGUGUAUAAGGAUGCGGACAUCUAUUUAUUAGAUGAUCCAUUAUCGGCAGUUGAUACUUACGUGGGUAAAAAGUUAUUCGAAGACUGCAUUUGUGACUACUUGAAGAACAAAUGUACUAUAUUGGUCACCCAUCAAUUACAAUAUCUCAAAAAUGUCAACAAGAUAUGUUUAUUGAAUAACGGAAAGGUCAAAACCAUAGGAGACUAUAACGAAAUCAAGAAAUCUGGUGGCAAAUUUGCUGAAUUAUUGAACGAUCACCUGGAUGACGAUAAAAAUGAUGAUAUGAUUGAUGAAGAGAACCUUAAGGAAAAACCAACAGAAAUAACAGAAGAACCAUCCGAAAUAAAGGAACAAAGAACCACCGGCAGCAUUGACUCUAAAGUUUAUAAAAGCUAUCUUGAAGCUUGUGGGGGAUGGUGUCCCACAAUUUUUGUUUUUAUAUUGUUCAUUUUAACGCAGAUCAUUUCUAGUGGAGCAGACUACUUUAUUUCAUUUUGGGUGAAUUUGGAACAAGCUCGCUUGGAAAAUGAAAUUGUGAAUGAUACAUUUUAUAGGUCAUAUUUUGAUGACGUUCUUCUCGAAGAAGAUCCAGAAACAGUAAUUAGAAAUAAGAUAUUUUCCGAAAGGAAAAUCGAUAAAUUUUUCACAACUGAAAACUGCUUCUACAUUUAUUCCGCUUUAAUAAUUUCUGUUAUUGUCAUUAUAAUAAUUAGGUCCACUGCCUUUUAUAUGUUGUGCAUGAAAGUAUCAGUCAACUUGCAUAACAGAAUGUUUUCAAGGAUAAUCAAGGGAACCAUGCAAUUCUUCAACACAAAUCCUGCUGGAAGAAUACUCAAUCGUUUCUCCAAAGAUAUGGGAUCAGUAGAUGAAGUGCUUCCUUUUGUACUCAUUGAUACCAUUCAAAUAGCCAUAAAUGUGGUAGCAAUUAAUAUCGUUAUUGCAACAGUAAAUCCUUGGGUAUUAAUAUCAACAUUCAUUAUUUUGGGACUCUUUUACGUAUAUCGGGUCAUUUAUCUAUCAUCUAGCAGGAAUAUUAAACGAAUGGAGGCCAGAACACGCAGUCCUGUGUUCUCCCAUAUAAAUGCUUCCCUACAAGGUUUAACAACAAUAAGAGCUUUUGGUGCACAAGAUAUACUUAAAUACGAAUUUGAUGCACAUCAAGAUUUACAUAGUUCAGCUUAUUUCUUAUUCGUGAGUUGUAAUAGAACUUUUGGUUUUUGGCUGGAUUUCCAUUGUGUACUUUAUAUGGCAUUAGUUACACUCAGUUUAUUUUUCAUGGGAGACGAAGCUUACGGAGGAAAUGUUGGAUUAGCAAUUACACAAGCAAUGGGAUUGAUGGGUAUGUUCCAGUGGGGAAUGAGACAAUGGAGUGAACUAGAAAACUCUAUGACAUCAGUUGAAAGAAUUGUUGAAUACACGGAAGUUGAUCAAGAAUCUGACGAGGACAAACCGUUGCCUCCAGUUACGUGGCCUACAGAAGGAAAUAUAGAUUUUAAAGGCGUUUAUCUUAAAUAUGGACCCAAUGAUCCAUUCGUACUUAACAGCCUGACUUUCACUGUACAAUCUAAGGAAAAAGUAGGAAUAGUGGGCAGAACUGGUGCUGGUAAAUCAUCAAUAAUAGCCGCACUUUUCCGACUAGCAGAAGUGGAAGGUCUUAUCAGAAUCGAUGGCGUGAACACCAAAGAAAUGCCCCUGCAUAAUUUACGAUCAAAAAUAUCGAUCAUUCCUCAAGAACCAGUAUUAUUUUCCGGAUCGCUGCGCACCAAUUUGGAUCCGUUCAACGAACAUUCGGAUGCAAGUUUGUGGAGCGCACUCGAAGAAGUGGAACUGAAGGGGGUAGUUGCGGAUUUACCUCAUGGUUUGGACAGUACAAUGUCCGAGGGCGGCAGCAAUUUUAGCGUAGGUCAAAGGCAAUUAAUAUGCCUCGCUAGGGCGAUAGUACGUCAAAACAAAAUCCUAGUAUUAGAUGAAGCGACAGCCAACGUCGAUCCAAAGACUGAUGCUUUAAUACAAGACACUAUUAGAAAUAAGUUUGCGAACUGUACCGUCUUAACUAUUGCUCAUCGGUUGCAUACUGUGAUGGAUUCCGAUAAGGUUAUCGUAAUGGAUGAAGGACGUGUCGCACAAUUUGGACAUCCGUUCAUGUUGUUGCAGGACAUGCACGGCAUAUUCUAUGGAUUGGUCAGGCAAACUGGAAGGGCUAUGUCCGAGCACUUGGCAUUAAUGGCAGAAAAGAGCUAUUAUAACAGAGAAGAAAAUCGGAAUGAAAUUCAAGAAUGAUUAUUGUGAUAUGUAGUUUUAAUUAAAUUUUUUGUUGUAUAUUAUAUUAAUAAUUGAUAGAUAUUUUAAUAUUUGUAUAUGUAUAUAUUUAUUCGAUUAUUCUUAUUUAAAAGAAUAAUAACUAUUUUUUGAGUUUUAUUUUAAUAAUUAAUAAAGCGUUUCAUUCAA